GUUUAAAUCAUAGUAAAAAUAGUAAAAAUUGAUAAUAGAUAAGUAAUUAUGUUAUUGGCAGAACUUAAAGAGUUAUCAGAAUGUUUUGAUACUACCAAUGGGUCAAUAGAAUCAUUACUUGGAUCUAGAAAUCAUAGUAAACCAAAUACCCCUAGUAAUGAGAGUAGUAAUCAUAGAUUAAGUAUUGGACAAAAUCAAUCAUUAAGGCAAGUUCAACAAAAUCAAUCAAGUAAACAUGAAAGUAAUUCAUUCUAUAAGAUUCCAUCAAUGAGUUCAAGUUUAUCAAAGAAUAAGCCAUGGAAGACUGAUCCUAAUUAUUUUAAAAAGACUUUUAUAUCUUCAUUAGCCAUGAUAAAAAUGACAAUUCAUGCUCAAAGAGGUGGAUCAAUUGAAAUAAUGGGAAUGUUAGUAGGGAAAAUUAUUGAACAUAGUAUUAUAGUUAUGGAUGUAUAUCCAUUACCUGUUGAAGGUACAGAAACAAGAGUUAAUGCUCAAGCAGAAAGUUAUGAAUAUAUGGUUCAAUAUCUUGAAGCUAAUAAAAAAUUACCGGGUCAUAAUUCAGAGAAUAUUGUAGGAUGGUAUCAUUCACAUCCAGGUUAUGGAUGUUGGUUAAGUGGAAUUGAUGUUGCUACUCAAGCGGUUAAUCAAAAUUUUCAAGAUCCUUAUUUAGCCAUUGUAAUUGAUCCAUUAAAAACCAUAAAACAAAAGAAGGUAGAAAUUGGAGCAUUUAGAACUUAUCCUGAUAAUUAUACUCCUACUAAAAUUAUUAGUUCAAGUAAUGAACCUCAUUUACCAAAAUCUAAAAGAAAAGAUUUUGGUGCAUAUUCUGAUAAAUAUUAUUCAUUAGAUGUUGAAAUAUUUAAUAAUGAACUUGAUGAGAAAUUAAUUCAAGAUAUUAUAAGUAGUGAAGAUACUAAUUCUAUAACGUGGAUAAAUAAUAUCCUUAGUAAUCCAAUUAGUCUGGUGGAGAUUGAAGAUAAUAAUAAUAAUUCCCAUAAUAAAGUGAAAGGUGUUAAUGGAUUAAUUAAUCAUGAUUCAGUAAUUAAAUCAAGUAAUGUAUUGAAUAAUUUUGAAAUUGCCAGUAAUAAUAAUAAUUAUGAUAAUUCAAAUAAUAAAGUUAAUUUAAAAUUACUUAAAUUGAAUCGAAGAUUACAAAAAUAUGAUCCAGAACAUAUAAAACUCGAAAAUACAUUUCAAAAUCGAUUCAAUACUCGAUUUGAACUGAUAGUGGAUAGUAAGCUAAAACAGGGUAACAUAACCUCCCGUAGUUCAGGGGAUCAUGGUCGAAGACAAGAUUUUUCAGGAGAUCAGCAACGUCAAGGCCGUUAUGGUAAUGAAGGAUAUAUAUACGAAGAAGAUGAAGAUGAUGAAGAAGAUGAAGAUGAUGUUAUGGAUGAGAGUGAUCUAGAAAAGGGUACCAGAGAUGUUAGUGAUGAUGGUGAAGAUGAUAUCUUAUCUGUUGGCAGUAGUUCUGAUGUUUUAGGUGGUGAUAAAGGUAAUGAAGAAACAGAAGAGAAUGAAGAUCAAAUUAUGGAACGUCCUGGAUUAGAAAGGAAUAAUAGUUCAGGAUUAAUGUUAAAUGUAGCAAGAAAGGUUAAUAAGAGAGAACACGAUAAGAGAAGUAAUAGUCGAACUAGUAGUGGUAGUUCCGGUAGUAGUAAAGGAUUUAGUCAUCAAGAGCUGCUUGUUAAAUCCAUGUUUUAUGGUAAUAGUGAGAGACGUAAUGAAAUUAGGAAUUCAUUAAAUCGAAAUUCUGGUGCAUUCAAAUCAUCAGAUUUUGAUAAUACUAGUAUAACUAAUAAUGAGAGAAGUUUUAAUGGAGAUAAUUUCCGAAGUGCCUAUGGAUUUUUACCAGAAUUAGAAGAGCCUGAUCAUAUAUAUAAUCAAGACACUAAUAAUGGACCAAAUGCUCGGGGAUAUCUGAGAAUGAAUAGUUCAGUAGGAAGAGUAGCAGCAGGUAAUAGUGUGACUGAUGGGAAUGGGAAUGGGAAUGGGAAUGGGAAUGCGAAUGAUGUUGGACUUAGAGGUCAAACGCGUAGACUCAAUAAGGAAGCCAUAUCCAUUCUUAAACUAGCUAAGAAUAUCGGACAACAAGAGGUCAAUGAACAGAUGAUACUCAAUGUCCAAUCGCAAUUAUUCCAGUAGUAUGUUAAGGUAUUUUACUUAUAGUUUUAGUUUUACUUGUAGUUUUAGUUCUAGUUGUAGUAGUAGUUAUAGUUAAGUUAACAUUAUGUAUACUGAUUGGUUUGGGUGCGUGCGGC